AGGAGCAUCCCGCGGGGACAACGGCGGGCUGCCGGUACCGCGCUGUCUCCAGGUCCCGGUACCGGCUUUGCGGGUGGUUCGGAACCGCAGUGAGCGCGCGGGGUUUGGUAGCACCGAGCAAGCGGGCCGCGGUGCUGCGGGAGGAAAGCUGCGUUUCUCCGCGUUCCAACGGCAGAACGCUCAGCGUGCCCUGCAAGUUUGUUCGUCUCUAUUCGGGGAGCGGAACCCCAGCCGGGCGCUCAGCCGCGGUGGGGCCGGCGAGGGGCGAGCGGUGCGGUCUGUGCACGCGGGUGUGAUGUGCUGCUGGGUGAGCGAAUGGGGAGAGCGGGGAGCCGUGCGGUCCCUCUGAAAGUGAACGUCACAUUCCCAGAGCGAUGUGUGGAAGCAGAAACGAGGAGGUGUUGUGCUUGGCUGUUAGGCAUGGAAAAAGCUCCCGUGAUGAACUCCUGCACUGCUUCAGCAGGGAUCACGCUUGUCCCUUGUGCAGUGGUGAAAUGGUGAUGGUGGCGAGGAGGACUUCCCUCUAAGACAGCACUGGAACCUCUUUUCAUUGUGAAAUACCUGGAGUUGUGCAUCCAGCAGCCCGCACCUGGGUGGCUUUUCAGCGUUUUGCCAUUUAUGGGAGUACCUUUGAGAUCUGGACCAAAUCUCUCGUUUAAUUAUUAAUGUCAGAACAUUUUCCAUCCAGCUUGCAGAGCACACGUUGGAGCGGUGGCGACGAGAGUGCUGCUGAAUGAGCCUUUAACCUGGAGCCUCUAAACUGCUGAAGCAGCACAGUUGUGGCUAAUUGCAGUCUGAUAUGGCUGCUGCACUUCUCCAGGAGCCAGUGGGGCCCAUUUGUGGCAGCUUUGCAACUGGUGAUGUGCAGUGGGACAGGGAUCCCUCCCAGCUUGUGCACCAGGCUGUGUGUGGCGGUGUGAUGGUGUCAGGUGCAGCAUCCUGGAGAUGGGAUGGGACCAGUGGCACAAACUCGGGCAUUUCCCUCCUCAGCUGUGCUGUAGGGCUGGUCUAUGUGAGCACGUGCAUCCUAGGUAGCACAGUUUCUGAAAGGAGUGCUUCCUGACAUCCAGGAUGGAGAUCUGUCUGUUUUCACCCUCCAGUUGUGCUAGAAGCCCAGGUUUAACCCUCCCUAAAAAUGCUGUCCUAGCUCUGCUCUGCAGGACUCUGUUGUCCUCCUGGUGGCUCUUUCCAACCCCCGCGCUGUCCCCGGGUCAGGACUUGGGCUGACAAUACAUCAGUGCACAGUGUGGGGUGCUGGGAGUGCCUUGGGACCCCUGAGGCUCUGUCCACACCUGGGCUGUGUUGGAGUCAUGCAUCCAGAGGAGAGUUCUGCUUUCCUUGGCAGCACAGCCUGUGUUAUUCUGGAGAUGGAGCCAAGAGACAGCCCUGAGACUUUUCAGCUCAGAGGAGUGUUAGCAUUGCUACACCAGGCUGGGGGGGGGGAGGUCUGUCAGAGUGGGGUGAGCACUGUGUGGCUCUGGCUCGCAGGAGAGUGGAUCCUCUGAAAAAGAAGAGAAACGGAGAGCCCCUGUGCAAGGACACCAGAACUCACUUGUGGAAAAUGGUGCCUGGGUGCCGAAGGACGCCUGAAGCCUGGUGCCAGCAGGUGGCUGCCAUGCGAGGCGCUGCCCGUCCCCUCGCUGCUCUGCACACCGUCCCUGCUGCGUGCCCGGCGCCGUGCUGCUCUGCUCGCCAUGGGAGGAUGCUUCUCCAAGCCCAAGCCAGUUGAAGUGAAAAUCGAGGUUGUGAUACCUGAGAAGGAGAGGAGCAAGGAGGAGAUGUCACCCAACGGGAAAGCCAGCCCAUUGGUUUACAAGGUCAAUGGGACUGCCCGGCAUUACCAUCUCGAGGAGCAUCCCAUUGCCAGCAACCCCUACCACAACCCAAAGGAUGUAGUGGAAGCGUCUGUGUGCCAUGUGAAGGACCUGGAGAAUGGACAGAUGCGUGAGGUGGACCUGGGCUGUGGGAAGGCACUGCUGAUCAAGGAGGCUGGAGAGUUCUAUGCCAUGGGACACAAAUGCCCCCACUAUGGGGCCCCGCUGGUUAAAGGGGUUUUGUCCAAAGGAAGGGUCCGCUGCCCCUGGCACGGGGCUUGUUUCAACAUUGGCACUGGUGACAUCGAGGACUUUCCUGGCUUGGACAGCCUGCCCAGGUUCCAGGUGAAGAUUGAGAAGGAGAAGGUGUACAUCCGAGCAAGCAAGCAGGCCCUUCAGACACAGAGGAGGACGAAGAUGAUGGCAAAGUGCAUCUCCUUGAGCAACUACAACCUGAGCAGUACCAACGUGCUGAUCAUCGGUGCAGGUGCAGCAGGGUUAGUCUGUGCAGAGACGUUGCGCCAGGAGGGUUUCUCAGACAGGAUUGUGAUGUGCACGAUGGACAGACACUUGCCCUACGACAGACCGAAGCUCAGCAAGUCAAUGGAUUCCCACCCAGAGCAGAUUGCCCUGCGCCCCAAGGAGUUCUUCCGCACGUACGACAUCGAAGUCCUGACAGAAAUGCAGGCUGUGGCUGUGGAUAUCAAGAACAAGACGGCUGUGUUCAAGGAUGGCUUUAAGAUGGAGUACAACAAACUGCUGAUAGCGACUGGAAACACGCCCAAAGCUCUCAGCUGUAAGGGCAAGGAAGUGGAAAACGUUUUCAACAUCCGGACGCCAGAAGACGCGAACCGCGUGGUGAAGUUGGCCACCAGCAAGAACGUGGUGAUAGUGGGAGCUUCCUUCCUUGGGAUGGAGGUGGCUGCCUACCUGACGGAGAGGGCCCACUCGGUGUCUGUGGUGGAGCUGGAGGAGGUCCCAUUCAAGAAGUUCUUUGGGGAGAGAGUUGGUCGUGCUGUCAUGAAGAUGUUCGAGAGCCACAGGGUGAAGUUCUACAUGCAGACUGAGGUGUCGGAGCUCCGGGAGCAGGAGGGCAAGCUGAAGGAGGUGGUGCUGAAGAGUGGGAAGGUCCUGCGCGCAGACGUUUGUGUCGUUGGCAUUGGUGCAGUGCCAGCGACGGGAUUUCUCAAGCAGAGUGGCAUCAACAUUGACUCCAAAGGCUUCAUCGUGGUCAACAAGAUGAUGCAGACCAACAUCCCUGGAGUGUUUGCAGCUGGUGAUGCUGUCACAUUCCCACUGGCCUUGAGGAACAAUAAGAAAGUGAAUGUCCCCCACUGGCAGAUGGCCCAUAUGCAUGGCCGUAUUGCAGCACUGAAUAUGCUGGCCCACGGCACAGAGAUCAGCACAGUCCCCUAUUUGUGGACUGCAAUGUUUGGGAAAAGCAUUCGAUAUGCAGGCCACGGGGAAGGAUUUGAUGAUGUUGUCAUUCAAGGGGACUUGGAUGAACUGAAGUUUGUUGCAUUUUAUACCAAGAGUGACGAGGUGGUGGCUGUGGCCAGCAUGAACUACGACCCCAUUGUUUCCAAGGUGGCCGAGGUCCUGGCUGCUGGCAGGGCCAUCCGAAAGCGUGACGUGGAGCUGUUUGUCCGUCACGGCAAAACUGGAGAUAUGUCCUGGCUAACGGGGAAAGGCUCCUAACAGACAUGGCUGCAACCUCCUGAUACUGCGCUGGCCUCGAGGAGAUGGGGAUGGCUGCAGAGCUCCACAGCACGAUGCAAAUAAUGCACCUGAGUCAUUUUCCCUUGAGACUUGGCCAAACCCAGCCUUUUUCACCCAGCAGUCACCUUCCCAGCAGCUCUGUGCAUGCAAACCGCCGCCAGCUCUCCUGGGUGUGGGGUCAGUGGGUGGAAUCCCCACUGCAAAGUCAAGGAAACAGACCCUGGGGGAGCAGGGUUGGCACCAGCAUGGCUGGCAAGGAGCUGCAGACUGCUGACAUGGGGGCCAUGGUGCUGGUGGGUGCCACAUCCAUGCUCUCCAAGCGGCACAACAAGAGCCCCAAGCACAUCCCUUCACCUUAUGAACAGCAUGAGUGCCUUUUGUUGUUCUCUGUAGCCAGUACAUGCUCUCAAGCACAUUGAUCCUUCCUAGAUCCUCUUUCCUCCCCAUGGAGCCCAGCAUCUGCACCUUCUCCUUAGUGGUAAUGGAAAGAUUGACAUUGCUGCUGCCAUGCUACUGCAGGCAGAACAGCUGGAGGAGUAUUUCUGGCUGUUCUCUGCCCUUAGUCAUUUACUCUUCCUGUCUCCUGAUGGCAGAGCUACAUAUCUCAUCUCAACUGGCAGAGUCAGUGCUCUGUGGCCAUGCUUGCUGCUCCUGGCUGGCAGAAGGGCCCCAGUUCUUGCUCAGGAGUGGAGGUGGCCAGUUCAGAUCCCUGUGUUUGUCCACCCAGCAGAGCCAGGUGUGAGAUUCCCCCAUGGACAGCAUCCAGUUCUGUCCUUUGGGAGCUUUGUUCCCCAUCUGUCACUGCAUUACCCUCAGCCCAAAGCCAGAAAAUUGUUAUUUUCAGUUUGAUUCAUCCCCCCCUUAUGAAUGAAAGCAGUGCUCCUAUUGUGACCCAGACCCUUUCUGCUCCCUUCCAAGCCCAGCAGGUUGGGCAGAUGGUGCCUGCACCUCCUGUGCAGGAUUCCCUUGUGUCCCAUGUCCUGCUCAUCUUUAUUUCCAGACUCUCAGAUCUUUGCUCAGGUGGCAACGUCAGCAGUCACACCUCCUCUUGGCCCCUUCUGCUUUCACUGCCAGGUUUUUCCCAGGCAGUGUGACCAGUGGUGGCCGUAGGCAGGGAUGUGAGCACAGUGCCCAGCUGCUGCUUUGGAUCCAUGGGCAGCUGUGGCUGUGCAUCACAUAUCUUGCUGCUGGGGUGGUCAGAUGCCAUCCAGCAGCACUGGGAUCAUUUACCUCUUAUUGCUCUGCUCCUUCUUUCCUCACUGCCCCGGCACAGCAGCUCUGUGUGCCCCCCAGCAGAGCCUGGCUGACCUUUUCCAAAGCACCACCUUUCUGCUCACCCAGAGGCACCAUCCUCUGAAGUGCUCCCACACAGCUGUGCAGUGUGUUUUGCUUUUCAGGAAAAGCAUGUCCUGUCCACAUGUGGCCAAAUAGACCAGCAGGACCUCAUGGGCUUUUCUGCUGGUUUAUCAGCCUUCCUUAGUGCACUGUCCUAACCCAGUGACAGACCAACACUCAGAGCAUGCUCUAUUUAUUCCAUACCUUAUAACAUUGCCUGGGAUAUCCACGUAGCAUAGGGUUUUUCCCCAAAAGAGAGUCCUUGGUGGGACCUCCUAGCACUCCUCCUUCUUCCCAGCAGCCUGUAUGAUGUACUCCACAGCUCAGCUUUGGCUUCAGCAAGUAGAAAAAUCCUUUUUAUUUGGUUUCUCAUGUCCCUUACCAGGGUCUGGCCCUUAAGAACUGCUUUAAAAUGGCCUCAAUAGCAGCAGCAGCCAGACCAGGCACUGGCAGCAGCUGCUGCCUGAGGCACCUGCUGGGAUGGGGCGAAGGCUGAAGAGCACAAGGAGAACCAUUGGGGGCCCACACCUGUGUGAGGACCCACACAUCCACAAUGGGGACCACCUGCUCCAGUGGGGGCAAAAAGCUCCAUGGGCCUGGGGACUUUAGGACUCGUUUUUUGGCAACGUCACCUCGAUGCCAGUGUGGAGAUGGUGGAGAUGGUGGAGCACUUUUGCUGUUGUGUCCCUUCUGCAACGGGAAGGGUUUCAGGGGAUGGGGCACAUCCACAUCCACAUUUGUCAGGGAACUUUAAGCAAUAAUGAUGCUGAUACAAUGCAGUGGGGAGAGGGUGCAAUGGGGCAGAGUGCUGCGUGGAGGGGAUGGUGGUGACAGAUGGACGGCCACCACCUGCUGCUGGAAAUGCUCUGUACCCUUGGGCUCAGUGUCUGGGAGCUCUCACUGUGGCAAUAAAGGCCCUUC